GCCUCACCCGGAACCCAAACGACAGCAUUUGUGAGUUCGAAAAUACACAGUCGUGAAUCCAGUUGCUCAGAUUGACAGAGAGGAUGAGCGGACGUGUCGGCGACCUCAGCCAAAAGCAGGAGGAAGCGUUGACGCAGUUACGAGAGAGAAUAGAAGACAUUCUCCCGCAGCUCCCAUUGCAACAUGACCAUUUCCUGCUUCGCUGGCUUAGAGCCAGAAGCUUCAAUGUACAGAAAGCAGAGACAAUGCUUCGAAAGCAUGUGGAAUUCAGGAAGAACAUGAAAGUAGACGCACUGGUUACUGAGUGGGAGCCACCGGAGGUGAUCACCCGAUACAUGGCAGGGGGGAUGUGCGGUUACGACCUAGAGGGCAGCCCCAUCUGGUACGAUGUGAUUGGCCCACUGGACCCCAAGGGCCUCCUCCUGUCUGCCAGCAAGCAAGACUUCCUCAAGCGCAAGAUCCGCGACACUGAGAUGAUGCACAGGCUGUGUCGGCAGCAGUCAGAGAAGCUGGGGAAGGUUGUGGAGUCCAUCACCCUGAUCUAUGACUGCGAGGGGCUGGGACUUAAACACCUGUGGAAACCUGCCAUCGAGUCCUACGGAGAAAUCCUCACCAUGUACGAGGAGAACUAUCCCGAGGGCUUAAAGAGGCUGCUUAUCAUCAAAGCCCCCAAGCUCUUCCCUGUGGCCUAUAACCUGAUUAAGCACUUCCUGUGUGAGGACACACGCAAUAAGAUCAUGGUCCUGGGAGCCAACUGGCAGGAGGUGCUGCGGAAGUACAUAGACCCGGCGGAGCUGCCUGUUGCCUACGGGGGUACGCUGACCGACCCCGAUGGGGACCCCAGCUGUAAGACCUGGAUAAACUACGGGGGCGAUGUGCCAAGCUCGUACUACGUGCAGGACUCAGUGAAAGUGCAGUACGAGCAGAGCGUCACCAUCGGCCGCGGCUCCUCACACCAGCUGGAAUAUGAGAUCCUGUUCCCGGGCUGCGUGCUGCGGUGGCAGUUUGCGAGUGAGGGGGCGGAUAUCGGCUUCGGGGUGUUCCUGAAGACCAGGAUCGGCUCCAGGCAGAAGGCUGGGGAAAUGCAGGAGGUGGUGCCCAGCGAGCGCUACAACUCCCACAUGGUGCCCGAAGACGGUUCCCUGACCUGCGCUGACGCGGGCGUCUAUGUACUGCGGUUUGACAACACCUACAGUGUCGUGCAUUCCAAGAAGAUCAGCUUCACAGUGGAGGUUCUGCUGUCUGACAGCCAGAUGCAGUCAGAGAAGCAAUUUGAGUAAUAGGCUGGGUCAGAGACUGAAUUCUGUUCAGUCAGCCAAUAAUGUCAUUGAGAUGACAAAGGACACUGUCCCUCUUCUUCUGUUUCACAAAGGCUUAUGUACUGUAGCUAUACCCAACAGCUUCCAACAAGGCUUAAUGCUGAAGGUCACAAUCUUUCAGCUCAACUAUUAAUAACAAGCUAAUAGCAGUCAAUGUUUAUUUACAUUCUACUUUAAUCUGAAGAAGAUUUAAAUCAACAUUCAUGGGAAUAAAUUAAAACCUUUUAAUGUUUUUUUAAAGGAAUUAUCAGUAACUGCAUAUGAUAUAUGAUAUGUGAAUGAAAUACCUCUCUUAAUCAUAUGACUAUCGUUAUGUUUCUUCUAUCAGUAUGGCAAUUGUUGUUUGCAAACAAUCUCAUAAAGUCCAACAAACGUGACAAAGCAUUCAUUUGUGAAGCUUCUGUAAAUUACAUAUCAAUGUUUCAAGUUCUUAGCUGCAAGUGAGCUAUGUAGGCCUACCUCUUAAAUGAAGUAAACGCUAAUUUGUUAUUUAUUUGUAAUUGUUACACCAGGAUGAUAUUUAACAAUUUUGUUAAACUAAUUUAACAGUGUGAAUAAAAUGUAUUUUAGCAUAA